GCUUCUUGGAUGAGCUGAAGGAAGCUGCUAACUAGGGACCUGGCGAGGUGUUUAAAUACUGGAGGAGCCGCGCUGGCCCAGUCAGGUUUUGUAUGCAGUUCGGGAAGAAAGUGGGAAAGAGAGAGAAGCACCUAAGAAAGACAGGAAGGCAGAGGCUUCUUGUCAUUUGUGUGGCUGAAUUUCGAAGAGCGAUGGUCGGAGUGUGUGUGGUGGGGGUAUUAGCCACUCCAUCCUUCCCUUGACUGAGACCUUGUACGACACCUGGACCUUCAGGGUGGGUUCUCCUUGGCCUCCUCCCCCCUCACAACCUGUCUGCUGCCCUUUAAAAAAAAGAGAGAGACGGCAAUACAACACAAACAUCUUUGGGACGCCACAGCAAUCGUUAUUGAACACCCGAACACAAAAGUAAUCUGUGAGGUGUGCUUUAAAGAAAGAGACAAGCUGAAAACUUGAAGACGUAUUUAGAAAUAGAGAUACAAAUAGAUAUACUAUUUUCUGGUGGGAGAUCUCCUUUGAGCCAAGGAGAAGAGCUACAAAGCAGCCACUGUGCUUUCUGAACGGCCUCCCCCUGUAUCGCUUAAUUGAGAAGGUAUACAAAUGCUCUCAGUCCAGCCAGACACCAAGCCGAAAGGUUGUGCUGGCUGCAACCGAAAGAUCAAGGACCGGUAUCUGCUAAAGGCAUUGGACAAAUACUGGCAUGAGGACUGCCUGAAGUGUGCCUGCUGUGACUGCCGUUUGGGAGAAGUGGGUUCUACCCUGUACACAAAAGCUAACCUUAUCCUUUGUCGCAGAGACUAUCUGAGGCUCUUCGGAGUAACAGGAAACUGUGCUGCUUGUAGUAAGCUCAUCCCUGCCUUUGAGAUGGUGAUGCGCGCUAAGGACAAUGUUUACCACCUCGACUGCUUUGCAUGUCAGCUUUGUAAUCAGAGAUUUUGUGUUGGAGAUAAAUUUUUCCUAAAGAAUAACAUGAUCCUUUGCCAGACGGACUACGAGGAAGGUUUAAUGAAAGAAGGUUAUGCACCCCAGGUUCGCUGAUCUAUCAACAUCACCCCAUUAAGAAUACAAAGCACUACAUUCUUUUAUCUUUUUUUUGCUCCACGUGUAUAUACGAAUUGACACGGGAACCAACUGAAUAGCGUAGAUAUAGGAAAGCAGGAUGGUUAUGGAAUAAAAGGCGGACUGCAUCUGUAUGUAGUGAAAUUGCCCCAGUUCAGAGUUGAAUGUUUAUUAUUAAAGAAAAAAGUAAUGUACAUAUUGCUGGAUUUUUUUGCUUGCUAUUCGUUUUUUUGUGUCACUUGGCAUGAGAUGUUUAUUUUGGACUAUUGUAUAUAAUGUAUUGUAAUAUUUGAAGCACAAAUGUAAUACAGUUUUAUUGUGUUACCAUUUGUGUUCUGUUUGCUUCUUUGUAUUGUUGCAUUUAGUACAAUCAGUGUUUAAACUUACUGUAUAUUUAUGCUUUCUGUAUCUACCAGCUAUUUUAAAUGAGCUGUAACUUUCUAGUAAAGAAUUGAAGAUCAAAUCUCAC